UUCUCCUCUCUUUCUAGUCAGAAAAAUUCACACCACCCUUUUGCUCUAGCGCAUAUUAUUCACAUAAGCCCUGAUGGAGAAAACCCUCAUAUUCUUUCUCCUCCUAAACUUUUUGUCAUCUGUUUUAGGAUGCAAGGUAUCAUCAAUCUACGUAUUUGGAGACUCAAUUUUUGAUGCCGGAAACAAUCACUAUAACAAGUACUGUGCUGCUCAAGCUGAUUUUCCACCUUAUGGUUCAACUUUCUUUCACCGCCCUACUGGAAGAUUCACCAAUGGCAGAACAGUUGUAGAUUUCUUAUCUCAAUUUCUUGGUCUCCCGUUACAAAAACCAUUCCUCGAGGCACAGCUUGAUAUAAUUAAUGGAACUCUAAAGAAUUAUCCAUCUAAUGGCAUCAAUUUUGCUAGCGCUGGAAGCGGUGUUCUUUCCACAACCAACAAAGAUUUGAAUGUUACAUCACUCCAAACCCAACUGCAACAAUUCAAGUCACUGAUAGAGCAAAAUCAUCUAGACAAGAAAGUGGUGAAGCAGUCUCUGUUCUUCUUGGAAUCAGGCUCAAAUGAUGCCUUUAACUACUUUUCUCCAUUUGAUGCCCCAACUCUUAGCCCAGAUGCUUAUGUCCAAGAAAUGUUAAAACAAGUUGGUAAUUUUGUUGACCAAAUUUAUGAGCUUGGGGCACGCAAAAUUGCCUUAUUUUCACUGGGACCUGUUGGCUGUGUCCCAGCAAGGGCCCUUUUGCCUGGUGCGCCAACUGAUAAGUGCAAUGGAAAGAUGAACAAAAUGGUCAAGAAUUUCAACAUGGGAUUGGAAAAUCUUGUCAAGGCCAUUCCUAGCAAGUACCCUGGCGCAAUUGCUGUUUAUGGAGCGGUUUAUAAGACUGUCCAACUUUUUCGAGCCAAUCCGAGCCAAUACGGCUUCAAUGAUGUAACAAAUGCAUGUUGUGGUUAUGGAACUCUUGGGGGAAUGGUGCAAUGUGGAAAAGAGGGUUACACAAUUUGUCCAAAGCCAGAUCGAAACUUGUUCUGGGAUUACUUCCACCCCUCUGAACGCACUUACAAACUCAUUUCCAAGGCUUUGUGGAGUGGAGGCCGCACCAGCAUUCGACCCAUCAACUUGAAGACUCUAGCAAACAUUACCCUUUCUGAGCAACAAUAUUCAUAAGCAAUUGAUUGAUUUUCCUACUCCUGCACUUGUUCAUCCUUUUAUAAAAUUUCUCCUCCAACAUGGUAGCUAGAACUCAAAUGCAUGUACAUGUUGAUGAGAAACAAGAAUCAUGUGUUUGAAAUUAUUAUUUCCUUGGAGAGUACGUAGGAAUCCGCUUAGAUUUAGUCUUUUAAUCUAGACAAGGACUGCAAGAGAAAUUAUUAUUUCCUGGGAAGGCAGUACUUAACACAGACCUAGUCAGUUAUGUCUAAAUCUUCUAGAAUUAGGAUUAGAGGCUACUCGGAAAAGU